AUGGCGACCAACGGAGUUAGCAACGGCGAGGACGAACAGAGGAAAGUCUUCUUCUUCGACAUUGACAACUGUCUCUACCCCAAAUCCUACAAGAUCCACGAGAUCAUGUCCGAACUGAUAGACAAUUAUUUCGAGUCCCAUCUCUCCGUCUCGCGAGAAGACGCGACGAUGCUACACCAAAGGUACUACAAAGACUACGGCUUGGCCAUCGAGGGACUCGUCCGCCACCACAAAGUCGAUCCGAUGGAGUACAACGCUAAAGUCGAUGAUGCGCUACCGCUGGAAGGGAUCAUUACGCCAAAUCCGAAGCUACGGGAACUUAUCGAGAAUAUUGAUACGACAAAGAUCAAGCCGUGGCUGUUUACGAACGCCUAUGUUACUCACGGCAAACGGGUUGUGAAGCUGUUGGGUAUUGAGGACUUGUUCGAAGGCAUCACGUAUUGUGACUAUGCGGCUGAGAAGCUACUCUGCAAGCCAGAUCCUGACAUGUUCGCGAAGGCCAUGCGAGAGGCGGGCAUCACAGACAGGAGUCAGUGCUACUAUGUUGAUGAUUCGGCUUUGAACUGCCGUGGUGGCAAAGCAUACGGCUGGAAGACAGUGCAUUUGGUCGAGCCAGACGCAAAGCCACCAGCAGAACCGGCUUGUGAUCACCAGAUCCAGGAUCUAGAGGAACUGAGGAACAUCUUCCCAGAAGUGUUCAAAUCUCGGUGA